AGACGGCGAGCCCACUGUGGUCAGUGGCGGUGGGGGUUGCAGGCCGCGAGGAGACUUCUGGAGGAGGGCUGCUGGGCCUUAGGCGAACCCGAGGCAGCAGCCCGGGACAGGGGCGGGGCUCGGCGGCCGGGAUCUUCGCGCGCCACUUAGCCCCGCCGAGCCCCAGGGGCUGCAGGUAGGAGGGGCCGGGAGAAGGGAUCGGAGCACGGCCGGAAGAACGUCGAACUCCGCAGCUCCGCUUGUCCUAAUUUGGUGCCCAACCUAAGGGCUUUAAGGGUGCCACAGUAACCGUAACCUGAGCAGUCUAGGAGAUCCAAGUAGGCCCAUUCUCUGUCUUCCCCUCUCGAAGCGCAGAUGGUACUUCCCAGGAGUCCGGGCGGAGACUGCGGCUGCGCCUCUGGCGAAAGGGCAAGGCGUCGCGGGCUGCUAGCUUCCGCACUUCCGCUUUCCGGCCCAGCCAGCGCCCGCGAUGACUGCCACUCUCCGCCCCUACCUUAGCGCCGUGCGGGCCACGCUCCAGGCUGCCCUCUGCCUGGAGAACUUCUCCUCCCAGGUCGUGGAAAGACACAACAAGCCGGAGGUGGAAGUCAGGAGUAGCAAAGAGCUCCUAUUGCAGCCUGUCACCAUCAGCAGGAAUGAGAAGGAAAAGGUUCUAAUUGAGGGCUCCAUCAACUCUGUCCGGGUCAGCAUCGCUGUGAAACAGGCUGAUGAGAUUGAGAAGAUUUUAUGCCAUAAAUUUAUGCGCUUUAUGAUGAUGCGAGCAGAGAACUUCUUUAUCCUUCGAAGAAAACCAGUGGAGCAUAAGAAGAUCUUUAUGAUCCAAGGCUGCUACCCAGUAAUCCGGUGUCUCUUGCGUCGGAGGGGCUGGGUAGAAAAGAAGAUGGUCCACCACCAAGGCAUCAUCCUACCACCAUCCCAGAAUGAUCCAGAUAGCUCAACGCUGGGUGAUAGCAAUGCCACAGACAAUGAGGAUGAAGAGAAUAAGGAGCUCCAGGCACCACAGGUGCUCAACUUUGAUGAUUUUCUGGAACUUGACGACCUAAAUGAAAUACAUGAUUUGAUGGUGGGUCUGUGUCUCAACCUUCGGAAUUUGCCCUGGUUUGAUGAGGCUGAUGCUGACUACUUCUUCCCACGCUGCUACCGCCUAGGGGCUGAGGACGACAAGAAAGCCUUCAUAGGAGACACACAGACCAAGAAACAGAAGAAACAGCCAGCAGCAGUGUCCCCACAGUUUGUUGAUGAGGCUCUGAGUGCCUGUGAAGAACACCUUAGCAAUCUGGCUCACAUGGACAUCGACAAGGACCUGGGAGCUCCGAUGUGCUUAAGCCCUGAGCAGUGGUCCCUCUUCCUUCAGCGCUACUACCAAGUAGUCCAUGAAGGGGCAGAACUCAAACACCUCGAUACCCAGGUUCAACGCUGUGAGAACAUCCUGCAGCAGCUGCGGGCUGUGGUACCCCAGAUGGACAUGGAAGGGGAACGCAACAUCUGGAUCGUGAAGCCAGGAGCCAAGUCCCGUGGACGAGGCAUCAUGUGCAUGGACCACCUGGAAAAGAUGCUGAAGCUGGUAGACUGCAACCCCAUGAUGAUGAAGGAUGGCAAGUGGGUGGUGCAGAAGUAUAUUGAGCGCCCCCUGCUCAUCUUUGGCACCAAAUUUGACUUGAGACAGUGGUUUCUGGUGACUGACUGGAACCCACUUACUGUGUGGUUCUACAGAGACAGCUACAUCCGCUUCUCCACACAGCCCUUCUCCCUGAGGAACCUGGACAACUCUGUGCACUUGUGCAACAAUUCCAUCCAGAAGCACUUGGAGACCUCCUGCCACCGGAACCCCUUGCUGCCCCCGGACAACAUGUGGUCCAGCCAGAGGUUUCAGAUCCAUCUGCAGGAGAUGGGAGCUCCAAAUGCCUGGUCCAGUGUCAUCCAGCCUGGCAUGAAGGCUGCUGUAAUCCACGCACUGCAGUCUUCCCAGGACACUGUGCAGAGCCGGAAGGCCAGCUUUGAGCUCUAUGGUGCUGACUUUGUGUUUGGAGAAGACUUCCAGCCCUGGCUGAUUGAAAUCAAUGCCAGCCCCACCAUGGCACCCUCCACACACGUUACUGCCCGUCUCUGUGCUGGUGUGCAAGCUGACACCUUGCGUGUGGUUAUCGACCAUCGGCUGGACCCGAACUGUGACACAGGAGCCUUUGAGCUCAUCUAUAAACAGCCUGCUGUGAAAGUGCCCCAGUAUGUGGGUAUCCAGCUCCUGGUGGAGGGCUCCACCAUCAAGAAGCCUAUGAGGAUGUGUCACAAGCGGAUGGGGGCCCGCCAAGCAGUCCACCAUGUGCUGACCCAGCAAGGCUCUGGGGAAGGCAAGGACUCAGGGACCCCUACCUACAGCCGAGGUGGCAGGAAGUAUAAGGAAGUUGCCAGAGGUUCUGCAGCUCAGAAGGGGCAGAGCUGGGAUGCAGACCCAGCCCCUCCCCACUUCCCCAGCCAACAUGUCAAGGCCCAGCUGCCUUCUCCCCAUGUGCUCCGAUCACAGAGCCAGGUCCUCAGACUUCAGCACGGUAAGCUGGUGGGCUCUAAGGCUCUGUCAACCACAGGCAAGGCCUUGAUGACUCUACCUACUGCCAAGGUUCUGAUAUCCUUCCCACCUCACCCUCAUCUAAAGCUGGCACCUAGCAUCCUGAAGCCGAGAAAGGUGGGCCUCGAACUGUGCCUCACAACCUGGUGGGCAAUGCUGAACACUUGGGUGGGGGCUGAAAGGCACAGGCUGGACAGUGCCCAAGGGAAGGGCUCAUCUCUCUUUGAACCCCUUUCCUAGACAAAGUCUUCAUCAUUUCUCUCCUCUUCCCCCCUUUGCAUGGAGGCUGCUGUUCCCCAACCCCUUCAAGGCCUCCAUCUUGGAAGUGCCUUGUGGCCUGUACCCUUUGAAGCUGGAUCUCUUCCUAGCACCCACAGGAAGGUCAAGGCCAAAGACAAGUUUGAGGCCAGAUUCUACGACACACCCAAGACUGAUGCAAACCCUGAGAAGAGGCUGCGCCUCCCUGAACACCCCCUGUCCUUUAUUUUAACAUCCCAGAGGCUGGGACCAUGGGAACUAUAAAUCUAUGCCAGAGAAAGAAAAAAACAAA